GGGAGGGGGGAUUUUUUCCCUUCGCACUAUAAAUCUCUUUCAGAGCAUUUAUUUCUCCGAGCCACUCACUCUAUGUGAACAGUAAAGCGGUUUGAACACAUUCUUCCAUAGGCAUUAUUGUUGUUAUCGCCAAGGGAAAUACAAUACAAGAAAUACAAUACAUUUCUUUUGAAAUUAGUCAAUUAGAUUUUACUCUUCUGUAUUAAUUGAUUCGGAUUAUCACCACUUUUUACUGACAUUAACUUAAAUAACAAACAUACAAUAUUUUGUUUGGUUGUGCGCAAAGGACUACCAUGGUGCAUUUCUUCAGUCAAGUUAGCGGCAGCGCGGUGAGUUGUGCGGGCUGGGUCGGUAUUAUCAUCGCCACCGCAACCAAUGACUGGGUGCGCACCUGUGAUUACACCGUCGCGACCUGCAUGCGCAUGGAUGAGCUGGGCUCGAGGGGUCUCUGGGCAGAAUGCGUCAUCUCCCCUGCGCUUUACCACUGUGUGACCCUCAAUCAGAUCUUAACUUUACCAGCUUAUGUCCAAACCUCUCGCGCAUUGAUGAUCUGCGCGUGCCUGCUGGGGCUUCCUGCCCUCGCGCUGGUGAUGAUGGCGAUGCCAUGCGUGAGGUUAGAGAACGAGACGCCACGCGUCAAACAUCGCCGUGCCAUGAUUGGUGGGGCACUCAUCUUGAUCAUGGCUGUUUGUGGGAUUGUGUCAACCGUCUGGUUUCCCAUUGGUGCCCACCACGACGAAGGCCUGAUGUCGUUCGGCGGGUCGCUCUACGCCGGAUGGGUGGGCUCCGCCCUUUGUCUCCUCGGCGGAGCCAUGAUUCUCUGCUGUCAUGGCGACGACUCCUCGACCCUCCAGCGAAGGGAGAACAGUUUCUACUACUCCAGACAGGGGGCUUCCGCCACAUCCACCCCCCUCUCCGCCACGGAAAAUCACGCCAAGAUCGCACACGUGUGACGACGUGACUCCACCCACUGCACAGCCAAUGUCUGCCUCUUCUGAGUUACAUAGUACACAGUCUUUCCAGAUCUGAAAUCUACUUUUAUAGUACGCAGUGUGCAAAUCUAAAGUUGAUUUGUAAAGUAUACAGUGUGCAUACUGUAUCUGAAGUUUAUGGUUUAUACUGUAUGCAUAUCUAAAAGUGCCCGUUUCCUGAUUGUUAUCCUUUUGAAUCCUUGAACACAUUGCUCAGCAUGACCGUGACUUGACGAUGACCUCACUUCCUGCCAGACAAACAGGAAAUUGGAUAGUGACAUCCCAGAUCCUCAGCCAGUCGACUGAUUUUGUCAUCAUACUUAAAGCAUGAAAUAUACCUUCUACAACCAAGAACUAUCAAAUACAAAUUUUGUUAACAUGAUGAUGAAA